CGCUGACAUCAGGAUGUCUCGGUGUGUGUCAUCUCUAGAGGCCCUACUCUUCACUGUUUCUUCUCUUCUUUUCAUCUGUUGCAUCGCUCUCAUUGCUGUUUCUUGGAUCAGCCUGAAACCUGAAGGCACAGAAGAACCUGAGCAGCUGUUGGGUCAGAUGGUGAUCACUGCCGGAGCUGAAUUUUCUGAUGAGCUGAGGAACUCCAGCAGUCAGAAUUUUAAGUCUUUGGCCUUUGAUGUCCAGCAGCUGGUGUCUGAGGCGUUCAGUGUCAGCAAGCUGUGGUGGCAUUUCAGAUUCUGUAAGGUUUUAUACUUCAGGCCUGGCAGUGUGGUAGUGACCUUUGAACUCUGGUUCAACCAGCAAAUUGAAACUAAAGAGGUGGAGCAGCAGCUGGGAGCAGGGCUUGAUCAGAUAGUGGGAGGGACAAUAGUGAUUGAACCAAACAGCAUCCAAAUCACAGCGAAACCUGUGCAUACAACACUGGCAUCUAUUACAGACACACCUAGAGGAGUAACAUGUCCUCCUGGGAAGAUGUCAUGUGAUGAUGGAUCCAUGUGUGUUCUGAUCAAUCAGUUCUGUGAUGGAGUUGAUGAAUGUUCUGAUGGGUCUGAUGAAGCUGUUGCUUAUUGUGCUACAGCAUGUGAUGGUCAGUUUGUGUUGGGAGGGCCAAGUGGAUUGUUCAGUUCAUCAGAGUAUGAGACGUACAACAGUAGCAGCUUCUGUCGCUGGAUCAUCAGGGUUGAUGAUGGACUCUGGGUUCAGGUGAACUUCCAUCACUUUGAGACUGAAGAAACCUUUGACACCCUGAAAUUUUAUGAAGGAGUUGGACCAAGCAAACGGCUCACAGCUGAGCUAUCCGGCUCCACCCCUCCUGGAACUGUGUGGCUGCUGAGUGACCAAUCAACUGUGGAGUUUAUGUCUAACGAUAUUAACAGUCUGUCUGGGUUCAGUGCCACCUACAGCACUGCCAACACCUCCAGCCUGUCCGUCCAGGAGAAGCUCAGCUGCAGCUUUGAUUCUGGCUGGUGUUACUGGCGGCAGCAGCAGGAUGAUGACAGUGACUGGAUCAGAACCAGAGGGGCCACCUUCCCUCCAUUAACAGGACCAAGUUUGGAUCAUACCCUAGGGAACAGCUCAGGCUUCUACAUUGUCACUCCUCUGAGCCCUGGCCAAUGGCAGAGGAGUUUCAGGAUCCACAGCCUCCCUUUGACUUUGCCCUUACAGCCAAUGUGUUUAAGCUUCUGGUAUCACAUGUUUGGUGAAGAUGUCCACCGUCUCAGAGUCCUGCUUAGUUCAUCUUUGUUGCUGACCAAUGUUGAUGAUACUGUGGUGUUCCAGAAAGAUGGUAAUUAUGGUGACACCUGGAAUUAUGGCCAGGUGACCCUCAACCUGUCCUCAGAGGCCACGGUGAUCUUUGAAGCUCAGAAGAAAGGAGGCAUGAGAAAUGACAUUGCUCUAGAUGACAUCAUAUUGACAUCUGAUGCCUGUGGCCCUUCACCACCUGAGCCAACCAAUGUCCCACCUCCAAUCACCCAGCCCCCCAUACCAGCUGACUGUGGAGGACCUUUUCACCUCUGGGAACCAAAUUCUUCCUUUAGCUCUCCAAACUACCCAAGCUCCUAUGGUAAAGAUGCAGAGUGUCUGUGGACUUUGAAUGCAGAGGAGGGUCAGAAUAUCCAGCUCCACUUCCUAGACUUUGAUACUGAGGCGACUUUUGACAUGGUGGAGGUGCGGGAUGGGACAGGGCCUAAUUCCAAUUUACUGGCUGUGCUCACUGGCAGCAAAGGACCCACCCAUGAUUUAUUCUCAACAGCCAAUCAGAUGUCAGUAUGGUUCUACACAGACAGUGGUGGCUAUGGCCGUGGAUUCAAGGCCAAUUUUACCUGUGGGGUUGACCUGGGGUCUCCAGCUCCAUGUGCAGUCGAUCAGUUCCAGUGCCAGAUAGGAAGUUGUAUCUCUGGUAACAGUCAUUGUGAUGGUGUGGUUGACUGUCUUGAUGGAUCAGAUGAAGCCGACUGUGGUAUGUCAUAA